CCGUUUGGCUCACAUAUGCAUUGAUCAACAUAUGUUAGAAAAAUCGAACACCACCUGAGAAAAAUGCCUCCUUAUAGUGCUCAAUUGUAUUACAAAUAUGUUUUGGCAGUGUUACUAAUCUUGUGUGCAAGUGCAGGAUGUGGUGAUGCUCAGUUGACUCCUACGUUUUAUGAUGAAUCAUGCCCGAAUGCCACCAGCAUUGUGCGUGGAGUCAUUCAAGAGGCUCUGCAGACCGAUCCCCGGAUUGCUGCCAGCCUCAUUCGGCUUCACUUCCACGAUUGCUUUGUCAACGGUUGCGAUGGAUCAAUUCUGUUGGACAAUAGUACCAGUUCUACCAGUACCAUAGACAGCGAAAAAACAGCAUUUGCAAAUAACAACUCAGCCAGAGGAUUUGAUGUUGUGGACAGUAUGAAGACUGCAUUGGAGAAUGCUUGUCCCGCCAUCGUUUCCUGUGCUGAUAUUCUCACCAUUGCUGCCGAAGAAUCUGUUGCUUUGUCUGGAGGUCCUUCAUGGACAGUGCUAUUAGGAAGAAGGGAUAGCUUAACAGCGAAUCGCACGGCUGCCAACGCAGCCAUUCCAGCUCCUACUUUAACACUUGAUGGACUCAAGGCCAACUUCUUAGCUGUAGGCCUCAACACCACUGAUCUGGUUGCACUAUCUGGUGCUCACACAUUUGGGCGUGCUAGAUGUCAAUCUUUCACCAAUCGAUUGUAUAACUUCAGCGGCACAGGCAGUCCUGAUCCAACCUUGAACUCAACCUACUUAGAAACACUGAGUGAGAUAUGCCCGCAGAAUGGGAAUAGCAGUGUGCUAACCAAUUUUGAUCCUGUAACUCCCGACACUUUUGAUGCAAAUUAUUUCUCAAAUCUUCAAGUUCAGAAAGGCUUGCUCCAAAGCGAUCAAGAGCUGUUUUCAACUAGCGGGGCUGAUACCAUCGACGUUGUCAACAACUUCAGCACUAAUCAGAGCGCAUUCUUUGAGAGUUUCGUGGAAUCCAUGAUUAAAAUGGGGAAUAUAAGCCCCUUGACCGGUACUGAUGGAGAGAUUCGAUUGAACUGCCGUAGGGUUAAUGGAGAUUCAUAUGGAUCAGCUGCUACUUUGGUAGCUGAAUAUUAAUUAAAUUAAUUAAGGUUAUGUAAAACUAGUUAAGCUUGAUGCUUCAUGUGAUGAUGGUGAUGAUCAUGACUACGAGUACCGAGCUCAUCUUUGAGCUUCUAUGGCUACUAGUCCACUUUUCUCGGUAAACUUGAAAAAAGACAGAUCGAAUUCACUAUAAUCAACCACAUAUAUUUGAAGAAGAUAUAUAUUAUCAGCUUAUAUCAUGGAAACUCGGGUUUUCUUUGUUUCA